AUGGGGCCUCCGGAGUAUAGCUCUGGCAAGAUUGCUAGACCCGCCUUGGUGGGGUUCAAGCUUAGCGACACGUCGCUCUUCGACGACAAUACUCAGAGCGUCAAUGUUGCCCACCAUCGCGUCGACGAAGCACACCUCGCCACCUAUGCCGAUAUCGACAAUCGCAGUAUAUAUCAUGCGAUCUUCAAGUCUUCUCUCACCGGUCGAACCGCCGUUGACGCCCAGCCGAAUCGAGUCGCCGUGCGCUCUAUUGUCUUAUCCAUUGAGGACGGCACAAUAAAGGCGGCUAUUGCGGAGUUGGAUUUCGGGGGCAUUCACCUCACGCACUUUCACAACCUCAAGAACGACGGCGAGUACGACCGCUUCCGGGGACUCCUCGCUGGCAUGUACUGCGCUCCCAUCGAUGACCACGGCUGCAACAGGCGCAUCCGUUUCUUUUCUGAUGAAAACGGAGAUAUGUGUCUUCAGAGAUUCUCAUACUCGCAAAAGGCGUGGCGAGACGUGGACAGGUUUCUGGAUGAGCGUGAAGGUGAUUUUUGGUCUCGUCACUCUCGGACCUAUCAUCUUCUUCUGCUGGGUCGAAAGUGUCUGAGAGGAAUGGUGCGCGACCAGAGGAAAAGGAGCCUGAAGAGGACGAAGAUUUGGGAGUGGGAGUAACUGCGUCUGCUCCUAUUUAUGACCUCCACUGAGCAUGAGGG